GAGCCAACCACCACCACUCAGUGUUGACCCAGAGGCCAGUGCAAGAUGAAGACUCUCCCCGUUGGUGUUCUCCUAACCGUGAUGGCGACUAUGGUCUCUGCUGCCAGGGUGAGGCGUGGCUAUGGUAGUGGAGGCACCUCCUACCUAGUAGUGGGCGGAGGUGGUCACGGUCCCUCGUCUUCCCAGAUCGCUAACCAGGCUGCGUUUCACGCCACGGCUGCCGCUGCCAGCCAAGGCAGUGCUGCACACUCUGCAGCCGCUGGCGCUGCUCGUGGCGUAGCAAGUGUCGCAGCCAGUGCCGCUAGUAGAGCCAAUCAUGCUGCGUCUGCGAACUAUGCACAGGCAGCCCAACUUAGCCAUGCACUGGGAGCAACGCAGGCGAACGCUUUCAGGCAAGGCAGUCAGGCUGCUGCGGCUGCUGGUGCCGCCCAAACCGCCUAUGCCAGAAAGGUUUGGGCGUAUAAUCAAGAAAAUUCCCACUACGGAGGUGGUUAUGGCAACCACGCUGAUCUGGAGUACGCCAGACACAACUUUUACAGAGCCUCGGCCAACGCAGCAGCAGAGGCAGCUGAAGCCCACUAUGCCCAGCAGCAGGCAAACUCCCUGUCCCUGCAGAGUGCCCUGGCCAAUCACCAGCUGCAGUCUAGUGCUGGCGCUGCUGCCCAGGCCACCGCCGCUGCCACCAAAGCCCUCGCCAAAUCUCAUGGAGCCAACCUCGGAGGCUACGGUGGUGGCGGUGGCUAUGGUGGCGGUUAUGGCGGCAACAGCUAUGGUGGCGGUUAUGGCGGCAGCAGCUAUGGCGGCAGUUACAGCGGCGGUGGCGGCAAUGGUGGCGGUUACGGCUACUACGGCUAGAUUAUUUGCUGUACUGAAUUGAUUUUUUCUAUUACUUCAUGUUUUAGGUCAGGUGAUGACAAGGGUUAUUGUCGACACGUUACCAAAUAAAUAUUUUGCUGUUUAUUCAUUU